AUGUCUUUCUUCGGAUUCGACACCAGCCUGCCGAGAGAUCGCCAGGCUGGUCAGCAGACUAGAGGCAUCUUCGAAAGUACAGAUCCGUUCGCUGAAGUUGCUCGAGCACAAGCUCAAGGCUUGUCCCUCGACGAUGAUGCAAUCGAUUUCGAAGAUACCUACGAUGGCCUCGGCGACCAGCUCGACGACGACCAGGAUGCGUUCAACGACGAUACCUUUGGUGGUGGUGGCAGCGGAGACGGUGUCGGAAAAGACUUUGAUUUCUUUGGCAGCACCGCCCAGAUCUCUGAUGUGAUCAAUGAGGAACAAGUUCGCUACAACCUGCAGCACAAUAAAAAGUCGGCCCCGUUGGCGACCAAGGAGGCUGCUCCUGCACCUGCGCCCGCUGUACAAGCGCCUUUAAUUCCUCGUCUUCCGAAGAAAACUGGAUAUGAAAGAUACCAGGACCCUGGCUUCAUCCCAGAAAUUACGGCCAAGUCGAGUGUUUGGGGAACGACUCCUCAGACCACAAAGCCAGCGGUUGAGCAUGUACAGCAGCCAGCUUUCGCAGCACCUUCUCGAAAGAUGAUGAGUCUGGAGGAGGUUGAAGCUCAGCUGCGACAUCAGCCUCAGCACUUUGCGCAGCCCCAACAACUGCCUUACCCUGAUAUGGCUCAGGCGAUGGGCCGUCCCGCGCAAAUGCCUUUCUUGCCAGAGGCUGAGUUGAUUGCGAUCGAGCAACAGGCUUUGGCAAUGGGCAUCCCACCAGCACAGCUUCUACAGAGAUUACAGCAGAUGCCACCUCCUGGAUUCAUGCCCCCUCCGCAUGGACCUCCGCCUGCUCCAUUAUCAAGACAACCCCUAGUGCAGCCUCAGCCUCAGCCUCAGCAGCAUCGCCAGCCUGCUGCACCACCUGCCCAGCGACCGCCUCCUCAACAGCCACCAACCGGACAACCUGGUCUCCCAGUCAUCACUGACCCACAACAGUUGAUGAAUCUCACAGAAGACCAGCGCGUUGCUUAUUUGGUGGAAGAUGCGAAGCGCGCCAAGCGUAACCACAAGAUUUUCAUUCUUUCUCGCGGUAACGGGUUGAUGACACCACAAGACAAGAACUUCAUUACCCGAAUCCAGCUACAACAGCUUGUUGCUGCUACGGGCAGUGUGGCAGAUGCAGAUACCGAAUCUCUCCUAUCCGAGGACUUCUACUAUCAGGUGUUUAGCCAGAUUCGUGGUGCCCCGCGUCAACAUCCUCGCCAACCGUUGGGCCAUUUUGCUCAGACAUACCUCUUUCAAACGGGCAACCGUUCUGGUGGUCAUGGCCGACGACAGUAUCAAAAUGCGGAUAAUCACAUGCAGCGUAUGCAACAACAGGUGCAGCGUGCCGUUGAAGCAGCCAAGGCGAAGCCAAAAAACCAGCAACUCAUCAUCGAAGGUAGUUUGGGAAAGAUUUCUUUCGGUAAUGCCAAAGCCCCGAAAACAUCAUUAAAUAUCAAGAGGUCUGAAGGAGCCGACGGGUUGAAGCCCAAACGAGCGACAGCAGAUUUCAGUACUAGUGACCGAAAGUCGAUAUUGAACAACAUCGAGAGCGUCUACAGUAUAUUAAUGAAGAUGGAAGAUCUUGAGCGGACAAUGCCUCCACCGCCAGAUGAAAACGACCCCGAAUCGGUCGAACUACAUAUGGACUGGAGACAGAAGAUGCAGACAUUGAACUCUAAGCUCUGGCAAAGUAUGAAGGUCCUUGAACCUAUUGUGCCUGGUUCAACUGUGGCACAUCCCUUCAUCGCUUUCUUGUCGUAUCCCAAAGGCAAGAAAGCCAUUCCUCGUCUUUUCCGCCAAAUCGACCAAGAACAGCGCGUCACUGUAUUGACCAUGAUUGUCGUCAAUCUCGACACUCUAGAUGUCGUUCGUAAGGGUUUACUGAACCCCGGUGAAACCCAACUCCCAGCGGCAUCUCGUGAAGAUAUCGAACUAUUUUCUCAAGCUGUCAUGCCCAGUCUACUUGGUUAUGUCAACGAGGCACCCUUCAACGUCAUCAUUGGCCUUCUCGGCCUCGUGCUCGCCCAAACACAUGUCCAGUUUGUUGCCCGAACACGGGUUGGACUAGGAAUCAUGACUAUGCUGCUCAGCCGCGCAGCCAUCAUCAAAGAAGCUGGCCAGACCGACGAACACGAAUGGCAGCAAUGGGUCGAAAAGUUCAAUCAGCUUUUCGAUGCCUUGGAGCCUGGAUUGGCUGAUAUAUUCCCUGGAACCAUCAACACUGGGGAUGACAUGUACGUUUGGCAAUUCCUAGCAGCUAUUGGUAUUGGAGCUAGCCAAGAGCAACAACAGCGGCUAGUCAUUGCUGUCAAGGAUCGCGUUAUGGAGACUGUUGCUCAAAGCAAGACUCUUCCGCCUGACAUGGCAAGCCAACGUCUAAACAACGUCAACCUAUUCAUGCGCGCCAUCGGCCUCGAUGUUGAACUUCUCGGUUAG